AUGCCAGUGGAUUGGUCUUCAUCUUCCUCGGAUGAAGACCUUCGAACGGCACUUCGGCGCAACGCCAGAGUAAGAGAGGGCGAAGAAAGGGCCCUCCCCACUUCCAUUUCUCUUAGUACAGUUUACAAUGGUGAGACAGUAGAUGUGAGGUGUGGUACCAUUUACUGCCCUCUAAGGAAGCGGUAUUUUCACAUACGCUCAGUUAAGCAGAACGCGGCGGCAUUUUUUGGUGAUGGGAAUCUGCGGAGGUGCCAGCGUCGCUACUUAUCUCCGUCGUCUGUGGAGCUGUUGGAUGCUUCGCAUGGGGAGGAAGUUACGGAUGAGUGCAGAAGAGUCACCCUCGCAGAGUGUGACGAUAAAGGGUUUUAUCUCUUUGGUGGAAUCAAGGGAUCUCCCAGUUGUACUCCUAAAUCAACUGCAACCCCACCUAUGCUGCAAGAUUUUAGGUUCUUUCGCAUUGCGAUGGAAUCUCGAUUUAGGGACAUUCUCAUGUCUCCCAUGCAAUUACGUGAUGAGAACAACACAUGGAAGCAUCUUUCGUACCAAAUACCACCUGGUGCCGCCGUUGCGAGUUUACCAGACGGCCGUUUUGUUUUUGGUGAUUUAAACUCUCAACCACGUUUGUGUGUUGUUCAAAAUGAUAUGGUGCAGACGCACCAGUUGGAAGUCUCACGUGACGGCGGGUGCAUGGUUGGAAUGCAUUUCAUUAGCCACCAUGCCGUGGUUAUUGUGAGGAGAAAGCGUCUUGAACAUUUGACUUGGGAUCCCGAUGAACCAUCAGCUCCCAGGGCGUGGAGUUUUUCUCCCUUGAGUGAUGAACACUCGUGCUCGUGCUUGAGCUCAUCAUUUGGAGAGCAGAUGGAGCCAUUUGUUGUGUUGGGUUCGGGGCGUCGUCUCUUAUAUGCUGUUAUAAACAACGACAGGCCUCCUCAACUGAAACGUUUGCGCACAUUUCACACAACACCUGUUUUGUCGGUGGACACAUAUUCCGCAGGUCCCCUUGCGAACCAAGGUGUGCUGUGUGGCAUGCAAAACGGCACCAUUCAAUUUCAGCCGUUGCAGGUUUCGGAAACCCGCCGCCCCUUCAAUUCUAUUGUGAGGCACAAAUCAUGCGUAUCCUACGUUCGCUGCGUGCAAAAUACUUUUAAUUUUGUUUCAGUUGCGAGUGAUGGAGGUGUAAAGUUAUGGGAUUUGCGAUAUAUGAGUGCAAAGGAGCCAGUGACAGAACUGAAGACAGGUACGACUCGCAGUCCAUUCUUUGGAGCACAGGCUACCUUCGCGGAUGACAUUCUGUGUGUCACGACUUCUGAUGGACGCAUUUGUUGCCUCAAUACGAGGAAGUGGCUAAUCCUUGGGCAGUACCGACGAGCUGACGGAGGUGAAGGACGUUUGCAUCUGCUGCGAAGCUCUUUUGGGUACCAAAUUCUGGACACCAGCAGCCACAGUACGAUGUCACUUGCCUUACACGUUGUAUACUCUAGAUGCCUGUGGGAGAGAGAUGUGCUUCUUCUCCUUUCUUUGUCUCUGCGUGUGUGA